AAUAAGAUCAUUAUUCCUCUUGUCAUAGUCAUUAUUCCAUUAUUCUCAAUCAUUUUUCCGAUGAAAAAUAGCAUUAUUCUGAUGGAUUUUCAUUUUUCCGCUGACCAAAAUAAUAUAUGUAAUUAUAAAAUAAGAUCAUUAUUCCUCUUGUCAUAGUCGUUAUUCCAUUAGUGCUAAUCAUUUUCCUAUGCAGCAUAGCAUUUUUCUCAUUUUGUCAGGAGCGGAUCAUUUUUGUGCUGAGCGUCAUUUUUUCGCUUGGAAUAAUCAUUUGUGUCACCGAUGACAAAGUUGCCCAACCCUCUCGCGUACAUAUUAUUCUAUGAUUCGACUAGUUCAGCUAUGGAAAAAAUUGGUAUUAAUACAUAUGAUUUAUUAUUGCUUCUCCUUUUUUUUUCUCUUCGUGUUUUUCUAUUCACUAUUAAAUUUCUUAGAUAAAAUAUUUCCAUAAGCACAUUUUUCUGCACUUAUUUUUUUUUCUUUUAUCUUAUAUAUAAUACUCCUCUAGACUGAGACGAUGAAUCCAACAUAAUUAUUUAUAUAUAGAUUAAAAUAAUUUUUUAUUGUCAUUUGCUUUUUGUUCUAGUUUGAAAUUAAUGCUCAAUCUGAAUAUCUUUCACAAAAUGUUCUUAAUGUAACAUCAAAAUAUAAAGAUAAAUUAAAUAUAAUUAAAGUUCGUUUGUAA